AUGAUGGCGGAGGUUGAAGAGGAGGGCUCUGGCGGCGUCUCUAUUGACGUUGAUGACGGCAGCGGCAGCGACGACGGCGCCGCAGCGGCGCUCCGCGAUGCUCGGGAGGCCAACGCCGCCGUCGAGGCCGCCAUCGGCCGCCUCGCCGCCGCCACCGACGCGGCGGCCGCAGGCGGCAAGCAGAGGGCGGCACGGCAGCCGCGGGGGCCAGCCCCGAAGCGGCGCGCACCCCUGGGGUCCAGCGGGUCGCCGCCAUUUGUCGCGGCCGGCAAGGCCCUCGCCUCCGGCAGGCCAAGCCGCGCGCUGCUAAGCGGCGUGCUCGAGGCGAUUGAGUCCGAGAGGAGCGCGCUGCAGAAGCAGCUGAUCCAGAAGCAGUUGCGGCGCGAGUUUGGGGGCGGGUCCGCCAGCGGGUCCGCGACGCCGGGAGGCAGCGACGGCGAGGACAACCCUUAUGCAAAGCCGAUCAAGCAGCUGACAGAUGACCUGGCGCGGGCCAAGCAGCGCGCCGCGGCCGACAGGGAGAACGCCAAGGCCGAGGCCCUGGUCACCGUGGUGUCCGCCUGGCUGCCGCUGCUGGACUCCUUUGACGCGGCGCUCGCGGCGCAGGCGGCCGCCGAGGCACGGGCGGGGCCGCCGCCCCCGGGGGAGGCCGCGGUGCACGCGGCAUACAGGGCCCUGCACAUCCAGCUGCUGGAGCUGCUCCGGCAGCAGGGUGUCGAGGUGCUGGGCCAGGAGCAGGAGGGGCGCCCCUUCGACCCGGCCCUGCACGAGGCCGUCAUGCGCCAGCCCCCGCCGCCGGGCUUCAGCGACGACAGCGUGGUCAAGGUGCUGAGGGCGGGGUACGCGGUCGGGGGCAAGCUGGUGCGCGCGGCGCUGGUCAUCGUGGCGCAGGAGUGA